AUGGCACACGGUUUCGCAGUGGGCUUUGACCCACUGGGCCUAGGAGACCUAAGCUCCGGCUCUCUGAGCUCCCUCUCCUCCCGAGGCCACCUGGGCAGCGACUCCGGCUCCACCGCAACGCGAUACCUGCUAAAGAGGCAGCAGCGGCUGCUGAAUGGGCCCCCCCGCGGAAUCCGAGCCUCGUCGCCCAUGGGCCGUGUCAUCCUCAUCAACUCCCCCAUCGAAGCCAACAGUGACGAAAGUGACAUCAUCCACGCAGUCUGGGUAGAGAAGAGUCCAGCGGGGAGGCUGGGUUUCAGCGUGCGUGGGGGCUCGGAGCACGGCCUGGGCAUCUUCGUCAGCAAAGUGGAGGAGGGGAGCAGCGCAGAGCGGGCUGGCCUGUGCGUGGGGGACAAGAUCACGGAGGUGAAUGGGCUGAGCCUGGAGAGCACCACCAUGGGCAGCGCAGUGAAGGUGCUGACGGGCAGCAGCCGCCUGCACAUGAUGGUGCGGCGCAUGGGCCGCGUGCCUGGCAUCAAGUUCUCCAAAGAGAAGACCACGUGGGUGGAUGUGGUGAAUCGGAGGCUGGUGGUGGAGAAGUGUGGCUCGACGCCGUCUGACAGCAGCUCAGAGGAUGGCGUGCGGCGCAUCGUCCACCUGUACACAACCUCCGACGACUUCUGUCUGGGCUUCAACAUCCGCGGGGGCAAGGAGUUUGGCCUGGGCAUCUACGUGUCCAAAGUGGACCACGGUGGGCUGGCCGAGGAGAAUGGCAUUAAGGUGGGGGACCAGGUCUUGGCGGCCAACGGUGUCAGGUUCGACGACAUCAGCCACAGCCAGGCCGUGGAGGUGCUCAAAGGCCAAACGCACAUCAUGUUGACCAUCAAGGAGACCGGCCGGUACCCUGCCUACAAGGAGAUGGUUUCUGAGUACUGCUGGCUGGACCGACUGAGCAAUGGGGUGCCGCAGCAGCUGUCCCCCGCCUCCGAGAGCAGCUCCAGUGUCUCCUCGUGUGCCUCCAGUGCCCCCUACAGCUCGGGCUCCCUGCCCUCGGACCGCAUGGACGUCUGCCUGGGCCCGGAGGAGCCGGGCAGCCACGGCCCAGGCUGGGGGCGGGCGGACACAGCCAUGCAGACGGAGCCUGAUGCGGGGGCCCACGUGGAGACCUGGUGCAGCGUGCGGCCCACGGUCAUCCUCAGGGACACAGCCAUCCGCUCUGACGGCCCCCUGCCCACCCACCGCCUCGAUUCUGCGCUCUCUGAGUCCCCCAAGACUGCUUUGCUACUGGCCCUUAGCCGACCCCGGCCCCCCAUCACACGCUCCCAGAGCCACCUGACCUUGUGGGAGGAGAAGAAGCAGCGAAAGAAGCAGAAGUCGGGGUCCCCUGGGGAGAAGGGUGCCCUGCAGCGCUCCAAGACGCUGAUGAACCUCUUCUUCAAGGGCGGGCGGCAGGGGCGCCUAGCAGGGGAUGGAUGUAGAGAGGCCUGGACGCUGGACAGCGGGAGCCUGGCCAAAGCCCGCCCUCGCCCAGAUGUGGAGAAAGCAGGGGGCGUGGGGCCCGUGCAGAAGUUUGUCACCUGGAGACUGAGACGCGACCGGGAGAGGGGCCGGGCCCUGCUUUCCGCCAGGUCCGGGAGCCCCUCCAGCCAGCUGCCCAGCGUGGAUGAGCGGGUGCAGGCCUGGGAGAGCCGACGGCCCCUCAUUCAGGACCUGGCCCGGCGGCUGCUGACCGACGACGAGGUGCUGGCCGUCACCCGCCACUGCUCCCGGUACGUGCACGAGGGUGGUGUGGAAGACCUGGUGAGGCCCUUGCUGGCCAUUCUCGACAGGCCUGAGAAGCUGCUGCUGCUGAGGGACAUCAGGAGUGUGGUGGCCCCCACGGACCUGGGCCGCUUUGACAGCAUGGUGAUGCCCGUGGAGCUGGAGGCUUUUGAGGCCCUCAAGAGCAGGGCAGUCCGGCCUCCUGCUUUGCGACCUGCCCGGCAGGACACACCGCCCAAACGUCACCUCAUCACCCCUGUGCCUGACAGCCGCGGGGGCUUCUACCUGCUGCCCGCAAACGGCUUCUCAGAGGAGGACAAUGCCAGGGAGCUGAGGGAGCAGCUGGGGGGCCUCAAGGUCUCCCUGAGUGCCCCUGCCCCCUGCCACUCUCAUAAAGGGAUCCCCCCUCUCCAAGACGUGCCAGUAGAUGCCUUUGCCCCCUGCCACCGCAGCGCCUGCACGCCCCCUCCCCAGCCACCCACCGUGGCUCCCUGGCCCCCACGGCCUAACUGGCUGCUGACAGAGCCUCUGAGCCCAGAGAGCCCCGGGCAGGGCCAGAGCCAGGGCCGGGCCCAGAGCCGCAGCCGCAGCCGCAGCCAGGGUCGAAGCAAGUCCCCUGGACGCAGGCGCUCCCCAUCCCCGGCACCCAUCCCCACCCCCAGCAUGGCCAAUGGGCGCUACCACAAGCCUCGGAAGGCCAGGCCUCCCCUGCCACGACCUCUGGAUGGGCAGGCAGCCAAGGCAGGGGACAGGCAAGGGCCCUCCGAGAAUGGAACUGGUGGGACAGUGGAGGAGGCAGCCAUGCAGGCCCCCAGUGGGGAGUUGAGAAUAGUCACGCUGUCCAAGACGAAGCAGUCCUUGGGCAUCAGCAUUUCUGGGGGCAUUGAGUCCAAGGUGCAGCCCAUGGUGAAGAUAGAGAAGGUCUUCCCUGGGGGGGCCGCCUUCCUCAGCGGGGCCCUGCAGGCUGGCUUCGAGCUCGUGGCAGUGGAUGGAGAGAGCCUGGAGCAGGUGACCCACCAGCGAGCAGUAGACACCAUCCGUCGGGCUUAUCGAAACAAGGCUCGGGAGCCCAUGGAGCUUGUGGUCAGGGUCCCCAGGCCCAGCCCACUACCCUUACCCUCUGACUCAUCAGCCCUCCCCGACCAGCCCCUUCCUACUGACCAUUCCCCUGCCCACCAAGCCCGUGAUGCUCCCACCCCCUGGCACCCAGAGCGUCCCACCAAUACCCAGCCCCCUCCCACGGAUGCUGGCCUCCUCCAGCCCACUCCCAGCCCAGUCCCCUCUGCAACCCUCCAGACUCCUGAUACCCACCCCAGGCUCUCCCCACUUAUCCCAUGA